AUGGACGAGUAUGUUGCUGAUGAAGAGGACAAGGUCGAUUGUUCCACAUCAACGCAAUCGCUAAAUUUUCUCACUUCAGUAUACGAUGUGACUCGUGGAAUAUUUCGUCAUCUACCUAUUCGGUCAGUGGAUUCUUGUUCAUUAGUUUGUCAGUCGUGGGCAGAGAUAUCACGUUUUACCAAAGCACAUCGUCACGCAAUUCAUGCGUUGACUUACCCGUCAGAUCCACUCUCAUCAACAACGAUAUGUUCAAAUCUCCUACACGAUUUCGAUCAAUUCAUAACCUCUUAUAUAAACAAUAGUCUAUGGUCCAUUCCCACAUUAGCUUUAGUUGUAUCAACGAAUAUUUUAGCAAGUAAAGGUUUUUAUUCGUCUCCUCACUCUCCACCACCGUCAAAGUAUACCGAAACAAACAAUUUAACACGAAUCACUGAACGAUUCGAUAUUUCUCAGGCUUUGCUGAGACAUUUGAACAAAUCAUGUAAAAUGUUAACGAUCGCUGCUGAUGGAAUCAUUGCUUCCACGGAGAAUCACCAAUCGAAUGAAAUUGAAUCAGAUGAUGCAAUUGGUAUUUUAUUUCUGCCACAUUUUCCUCCUGAUGUUCUCGGCGUCUAUCCAUUUGAAAUACCAUCCAAUGCGCAAAUAGCAUCGGAUAUGUCUCGUACUGACUUACAUCGUUUUCUCGGCUCCGUACCCAACGAUGUCUCAAUUCGAUGUGUUAUAUUCUUCUUCGUUCAGCGCCAAUCCUAUGCAGUUGGUUGUAUAAAAAAAUUACUCGAAUAUUAUCCAUCCGAAAUUGCCAUUAUCGGUGGUUUUGUCGAUAAAAUUAGUUACGACGAUCGACAAAUUCAUCCCACACGAACAUCAUACGACGCAUGUGGAAUUGUCAUCACAGGCGAUAAAAAACGCUUGCAUAUUGGAGAGAUACUUUUGGAAAAUCACAUACGUACACGUGAACAAAUACGUGAUAAAUUAAUGAAAUUGAAAGAUCUUGAAUGCGAUCAUUCGAUCUCAUUUGCGAUCCAAAUUAGUUGUAUUGCUCGUGGUUCAAAUUACUAUAAUGAUGAACAGAAUGUUGAAUGUUCAGAAUUUCGAAAACUCUUUCCGAACACGCCGCUCAUCGGUGUGUUUGGCAAUGGUGAACUUGGACAUGACUAUUUACCGAAUGAAAAACAGAUAAUUACCAAGCAACAAGCUGGCAAGAAUUUAUUUCGCGGCUAUUCAUCCGUGUUUACACUGAUCUCUCUACAUCUUUGA